AUGGCGAUAUUGAAGAUAUUUCAUUUCAUGGGCAGAGAAGUGAAAGAUUAUAGUAGUGUUUGUAGCAAACACUUUGAACCUAAGGAUUUUGUUUAUAAAAUAGUUGGAAAUGACGUGAGAAGGUUUUUAGCUCCCACAGCUGUUCCAUGUAUUUUACAUCCUCAGUCUAACAGUGUUCAAAGCGAAAAUAUGACACUCAUUGGUUCUGUAUGCCGUAAUUCAGUACUGACAGAGAUUAAUAUACCAUUGGUAUCAGAAUUAGAUGCCAAUCUAUCAAAUGAUUCAGAAGGGAGUGUUGUCGACGAAGAAGAGGACAAAGAUAGUACAAAAAGAAAGAAAGAGGAUGAGCCCCCACCUUCAACAAGCGUUAAGCGCCGUUGCAAUGCACGCUAUAUCGGAGAUUUACGUAGAGAAGAUUUUACUUCUGAUUUAAGUUGGAAUAUUGUUCAAAAUUUUGUAAUAAAAUCUAGAAAAAAGCAAAAAAGUUUAAACUACACAGUUGAGCAGCUGAGUUUGAAAGUGGAAAGUUUGAAAUUGUUAUUAGAUCAUUUUAAAAAAAAAGCAUUAAAAUCUGUUGAACCUAACGCCGAUAAAGGUAAUGAAUCCUCUAAGGAACUUCAAUUACUCAUUGAUAUUGAACUUGACCACAAUUACUUUGCAUGUAAUGGAUAGUUGUGGAGCCAUGAAAUUGGCAUAUAUAUUGGAAAAUGAGUAAAUAGCCUAGGAGCUUAUAAAAUUAAAAAUUCAAAUACCUGCGACGCAAGAUGAAACGUUUAUAAAAAAAACGCUGGAAACGAAAGAAGAGGCUUGCCAAUGCCAAGCGAUGAUGUUUCCAUUUUCAAAACAGCAGAAAAAAUAUUAAGAUCAGCGCUACAUUUACUUUACACACAAAAAAUUCUACAAAAUUUAAUGAAACAUGUUAAAAAACUACUGUUACCUUUAAAUUUAUUUCAAAAAACAUAGACAUAUUCGUAGA